GGCGCGAACUAAACGGCUCUUGAUCCAAGCUCUCUGUCUCGAACUAGCGAAAGCAACGAGACGUUAAUGUCGUGUUAACCAAAGCGCGAAGUUGGGGUGGAAUCCAUUUUCUCUUUGUUCAUUUUUCUUCUGGGCGAGGUUCCUAAUGUCCCUAUCUGUUUGGUCUCAUCUUGCACACCAACUGUUUGUAGAAAUGUCGAGAAGAACAUAAAAAGAGGAUUUAUCGGUUCUGGAAGAUGCCAAGUCGAGUGAAAAUGCUGUUAUUUUUGUUGUUAGACAUUGAAUGCAUAAUUUAUGGAUAGUUGUGUUAAUUCCGAUCGGGGUUUAGAAUUUUUAUUUUUUAUUUUGCUUUAAUUUAUGUUAUUCCUACCUAAAAUCACAUUUUCUCGGCAGAAAGCUAUUUUCUUAGCGAAGAAAAGAAAAUCUUGUUGCUAGGAUUUUACAGUGCAUGGUGAAGAAGAACUCAAAAGAUUGAUUUGAUUUUUCUUUUCUGGGACAUGCUCAAGGGUUUGAGUAGGCGUUGCUUUUGCAAUUCUCCUUCUCCACAGCCAUGGCUUUUCGUGGGUUUGGGAAACCCAGGUCUUAAAUACUCAGGAACUAGACACAAUCAGGUUGGAUUUGAGAUGAUUGACGCUUUUGCUGAAUCACAAGGAAUUAUGAUGAACACUGUCCAUUGCAAAGCUGUUUUUGGGCAAGGUUAUGUAGGCGAGAUCCCUAUUUUUCUUUCAAAGCCUCAGACCUACAUGAACCUGAGUGGUGAAUCUACGGGGCCACUAGCAGCAUAUUAUAAGCUACCGCUUAAUCGCGUCCUUGUGUUUCAUGAUGACAUGACCUUACCACGUGGGGUUCUUCGUCUUCAAGACAAAGGAGGUCAUGGAAGCCACAAUGGACUAAAGAGCGUGAUCCAACACUUCCGAGGAAACAGAGAAUUUCCUCGGUUUAGAAUUGGUAUAGGGAGGCCACCUGGUCAAAUGGAUCCUAAAGCAUUCUUACUCCAAAAGUUCAAUGCAAAAGCUCAAGAACAAAUUGAUGUCGCCAUGCAGGAGGGAGUUGAUAUAUUGAAGUAUCUACUCGCUAGAGGCCUGACAGAAAGCGCACGGCGCUUUAACGUCGAGCAAAAGUACAAGCAUUUACGAGUGCAGACGCUGCCCACAUGACGAAACUAUUGUUUUAAAUUUUUCUAGUGAGCAUACAGUUUUUGGUAGGCGUGUAAAUUCGUGAGGGAAUUCAUAAAAGAGGAGCAGGAAGAGCUAAAAUAGCUUUUUUAGUGUGGGAUUUUAGUUCCAAAUCUAAAUGGAGAAAGGAAUUGUAUGUCCAAAUUAUCCAUUUUAAAUUGCAAAAGGAGAUCAUUUUUAGAAGUUCUGCAGGCACCAAGUCAAAUGACUAUU